UCACUUCUUAUCAACACUUCUUGUCUUUGAUCCUCUACGAAUACCAAAAAAGAAAGAAGUGGAGCGGUUGGCGAUGUCGAUCGCGUCGCGUGCGGCUACGACGAUGACGUCAGAGACCGUUGUCGAGCUGCUCGUCGGUGCCGGUCCACGCAGAGAUAAUAGAAAGUUGUGGAGAAGAUGCGAUAAGAGGAUUAUUUGCUGUUGUUGUAGAUGUAGAAUGAGCUGCUGAAUAGCUGUAGGUAUCAAAGACACAGUAGUAGUUAACAUGUUGUAUAACGAUAUGCCAACAAAUGCCAAUACGCCGCAGUAGACCCCUGAUCCACGUCUGCUGUUAUCUGAUAUCUGCAAUAACCCGCCGAAUCUCACUUAUUGUCACAACAAUAGAUCAAAACAGCAUCAUGGCUCUGGAGAAGCAGCAGCCGGCGGUGAAUGAGCUCGAAGACCAACCCAGCAGCAGCCUCCCUGUCUUCCAGGGCAACGCCAGGUUCUUCCUCGGCGGCCGUCUCCAGACUUCUGUAGGUCCGCCUACAAAUCUGCUGGCUGUGGUUGCUAUCGUAGUUCCUGUUGGACUCUACUUUGGAUUCUGCGCGCCCCGGAUAUGGCAUCGUCUUUCGCCAGCGAUCCCAAUACUCGUCGCCUAUCUCCUCGUCUUGUCUCUUUCUUCUUUGUUCAAGCUCACCUCUGAUCCCGGCGUCCUCCCGCGAGGCAUCCACGCCGAAGACGAGCAUCCAGCUUCAGAACAAGAAACUGUCGUUUACAUCCCCUACCGCACAAAUGACCCUCUCGCGCCUACAAUCGACCUGGCGGUAAAGUACUGCACCGUAUGCAACAUAUGGAGGCCUGCUCGAGCUAGUCAUUGCCGGACCUGCGAUUGCUGUAUAGAUCGAUUGGACCAUCACUGCAAAUGGUUAAAUGUCUGUGUCGGUGCUCGAAACUACAGAUACUUCUUCACCUUCAUCGCAUCCUCCUCCAUCCUCGCCCUCCUCACCUCCAUCUCCAGCUUCCUAGCCGUCUUUCUCUGGAAACGCGACCACCAAGCAUCCACUCUCGACGCCUUGCGAUCGGCUCCCGUGUGCUUUGCUCUCGCGCUCUACUGCGCUGUCGGCCUUCUCUACCCAGCUGCGUUACUGGUCUUCCAUAUGUCCUUGCUGUGCCGGGGUAUGAAUACUCGUGAACAGAUCAUAGAGACACGACUUCCAAAAGAGCAAAGACAUCGAGUGCGGAAUUCAAACAUCAGCGUUCGCAGUUUUCUAGAUAUCUGCUUUGCGCCGAAGCCGUUGAGUUAUGUCCGACCCCCUAAGAGGAAGCAGGUUUAUUGAAUCAUUUGAGAUAGUAAUGAUAUAAAUGACAUAUUCUCUGCUGAUAU